GCUUGUUAUUUUCCCUUCUCUUCUCUCUGCGUUGUUUUAGCUCCGCUCUUUUGGUCGGGCGAGGGUCUCAAUUUUUCAAACCCCGGCUCCUUUCGAGAAACGUUUGCUGCCAUUGAGGAUGUGGAUUUUCGGGCUAUGAUCCCCCCCCUUCCAGAACACCUCCCGUCUUCCCUUGGACCCGAGUUGUAUAUUUUUACUGCUUCCGUUCUUUUUGGGCAUUCGUGGAGUUCUUUUAUUUAAUAUAUUUUUGUUUUCUUUCCUUUUUCAAACCGGACUGUCUCCACGACCUGAUUAUAAGCGUACGAUACACCGAAAUAGCUACCUCCACAGACAUUGGGUAUCCGAAGCAUGACACCCCAGCGAACUGCUGACAUUCACGCUAACUAAAGCUGGCAUCUGUCACGCUUCAAGGUCCGUCUACUGUUGGUGUACAGUCGACACAGUCACAACAAGUGAUUCGAAUCCACUUCGCAUUACUUCUCUUCCCAGACCAUACCUCCCCUCCGCUUUGCUGCCCGUAACCAUCACCUUUUAAACGGAUAAUGGCGGAUUACGGUUCCCAGCAAGGCCGGAACCCUCGACCCAACCCAUACGGCCAUGCAUCUUCCUUUCAACGCGAUGCCGCCUUCUCAGAAAUAUUUGGAGGCGCCCCGCCUCCUGGUCGCUCGCAGACGAUGACCUCCCAGACCCCUCAGUUCCACCAGGAACGGGCACACACGAUGACCGGCCACUCGCCGGAAGUCUACAUGCCUUCGCGUGGCCAUCCUCCACCGAUGAGACAGGCACAUCACAGCUAUGGGCCUGGCCCCGAAUCGGGAUACCACGAUCCGCGGUGGCAGCCUAACGGCUCCAUGCCACCGCCUCGCAAUCCUCCAAUCCCUCCGUACUCCAGUCGAUCUCAGUAUCCCAUCCCGCAGCGGAUGGACUCCAUUGCCAGACCGCCUCCCCAGUAUCCACCCAUGAAACCUCCAACUCGGAUUCCUCCCCCUGCCGCCUUGAAUUCGGACCCGUACAGAUCACGUUCUAUGGCAGGACCCGGACCACGUCCCCCUCAAUUCCACGCCCCGCCCAACAAUUACAACCAAGCGCCUCCGAGUGCAUUUAGACAACAAGGCUAUCACCCAAUGAGUUCUCGAACCCCUCAUGGCCGAAUUGUACCCGAGAGGCAUGACAACGAGCGUGCAAUGUCGCUGAGCUCUUACACCUCCGACCGCGAUCAUGCGCAGACGAUCAGUUCUGGACGAGUGAUUCCAAAUCGGAGACGAGACUCUGGAAUGGAGCGGGACCGUGCCGACCGUAUGGACCGAUGCCCCAUGGAAAGGCCACCCUCUGAUCAAAUCCCUGGCCUACCAGAGAUCACCCCACCACAUGAUCCUCACUCAAGAAUCAGACACCCGAGCGAAAGCUCCAUCAAUUCUCGUACAUUAUCUAUGGCCUCAACCGUCGCUGCCGAUCGCAAUAACAGCUUGCAGACUCCCAACUCCGUCAAGUCUGGUCACUCCGCCCCUGCGACUGUGACAGCUCAUCGUAGCAGGACCCCCCUUGUCUACCCCGCCUUGCUAUCGCGCGUGGCUGCAGUCUUCAAGGAACGAGUCUCCAUUGGAGAGCGUAUUAAGAACGACUUGGCGUACACCAACGCCUUUACUGGUGCCGAAGCCGUGGAUCUGUUAUCGUAUAUCAUCAAAACAACGGAUCGGAACCUAGCGCUCCUACUCGGCAGAGCGCUAGAUGCACAAAAGUUUUUUCAUGAUGUGACAUACGACCACCGACUGCGAGACGCUCCUGGAGAGCUCUACCAGUUUAGAGAAACCAUGGGAGAGGAAUCUCCGAUUUCCGAGGUAAACGGAGUCUUUACACUCUUGACGGAAUGCUACUCCCCAACUUGUACUCGAGAUCAGCUGUGCUAUUCGAUUGCGUGUCCGAGACGACUGGAGCAGCAAGCCAGAUUGAACCUCAAGCCUCACCCUGGCUUACGGACCUCCGCAUCGAGAGGCAGUCUUCAUGAUCAGGAUGAGAGCGAGGACCAGAAGCUAUGGAUCAACAUGGUACCGAAAGAAGUCGCGGAUAGCAUUGAUGAUAGGGAAAAGAAACGACAAGAGAUCAUUUUCGAGGUUAUGUACACUGAGCGUGAUUUUGUGAAAGACCUAGAGUAUCUGAGAGAUUUCUGGAUGCGGCCGCUGCGUUCCGCGCAUAACACCAACCUUUCUCCAGUUCCCGAGCAUCGUCGAGAGAAAUUCAUCAGAACUGUGUUUGGCAACGUUCUCGAGGUCCUGAGCGUCAACUCCCGAUUCUCAGAAGCACUGAAUGCACGACAGAAAGAAAGCCACGUCGUCCAUUCUGUAGGUGAUAUCUUCCUUCAGUAUGUCCCUCGCUUCGAUCCUUUUAUAAAAUACGGUGCAAAUCAACUCUACGGGAAGUAUGAGUUUGAAAAAGAGCGCGCCUCCAACCCUGCCUUUGCCAAGUUUGUCGAGGAAACAGAAAGGCUCAAAGAGUCGAGAAAGCUGGAGCUCAACGGCUAUCUCACGAAGCCCACUACUCGUCUCGCCAGAUACCCCUUGUUGCUGGAGAAUGUUGUCAAGUACACGAAAGACGAUAAUCCGGACAAGCAAGACAUUCCAAAAGCCAUUGCGCUCAUCCGUGAUUUCUUGUCCCGCGUGAACACGGAGAGCGGAAAAUCAGAGAACCAUUUCAAUCUGAUGCAAUUAAACAUGGCUCUCAAGUUUGCCCCUGGCGACUACGUGGAUCUCAAGCUCACAGAAGAGAACCGCACCAUGUUGAUAAAAAUGGCGUUUAAAAAGGGACCAACAGAUUCUUCCGAGGUCACAGCCUAUCUCUUCGACCAUGCAGUCUUGCUUGUGAGAAUAAAGGCUGUGAACAAACGCGAGGAGUACCGAGUAUACAAGAAGCCGAUACCUCUAGAACUGCUUGUUAUUGCGCAAAUGGAUGAAGUCAUACCGAAACUAGGUAUUGCGAAACGUCCUUCGGCUAACCUGCUAGCCGCUGGCCGCGCAGCCAAUGCACCACCAGCUUCCAAAGAUGCUUUCCCUAUCACGUUCAGACACCUUGGGAAAGGAGGUUAUGACCAAACCUUGUGGGCAACGUCGCAAACUCAACGGAAAAGGUUUAUCGAAUUGGUUGAAGGGCAGCAACGGAAACUGAGAGAGCAUAGCAGCAACUUCUAUUCGAAGACCGUGCUGUGUGAAGGCUUCUUCACCGCAGUGAACAGAGUGAAUUGUUUGGUUCCAAUAGAUGGUGGUCGGAAAUUGGUUUAUGGAACCGACAAUGGCAUCUACUUGUCUGAAAGGUGGCCUAAAGACAAAUCUGCUAAGCCAAAACGUGUCCUCGAUGCGACUGCAGUUACUCAGAUUGACACUCUUGAAGAGUACCAGCUCAUGCUUGUACUGGCCAACAAGACCCUCAGUUCUUAUCCUCUAGAAGCACUGGAUGUGCACGAUGGACAAAACCCGCUUGUACGCCGACCUAAGAAAAUUCAGGGCCACGCAAACUUUUUCAAAUCUGGUAUCGGUCUUGGAAGGCAUCUUGUCUGCUCUGUCAAGACGUCUGCCUUGUCCUCGACUAUUAAGGUCUUUGAGCCUAUGGAGAAUCUUGCCAAGGGCAAGAAGAAACCUCUAACCAAGAUGUUCCAGAGCGGACAAGAUGCACUGAAGCCGUUCAAGGAGUUCUAUAUCCCCGCAGAAUCUUCUUCGGUGCAUUUCUUGAGAUCGACGCUCUGUGUAGGAUGCUCUCGUGGCUUCGAAGUCGUUAGUUUGGAGACAACCGAACGACAGUCAUUACUGGAUCAAGCCGACACAUCUCUCGACUUUGUCGCGAGGAAAGAAAACGUCAAGCCAAUCCACAUUGAAAGAUUGAAUGGAGAGUUCCUACUAAACUAUAGUGACUUCUCCUUCUUCGUGAACCGGAAUGGAUGGCGUGCACGACCCGAUUGGCGAAUAGCCUGGGAAGGGAACCCAACGGCAUUCGCGCUCUCAUAUCCGUACAUUUUGGCCUUUGAGCCCAGCUUCAUUGAAAUUAGACACUUGGAGACUAGUGAGUUGGUUCAUAUCAUGACCGGGCGUAACAUUCGCAUGUUACAUUCGUCGACAAGAGAGAUCAUUUAUGCCUACGAGGACGAGGCAGGAGAGGAUGUAGUGGCCAGCUUAGAUUUCUGGAACAAGCCCCAAUAG